UCUUCGUCUUCCGGCCGUUUCAUCGCAUCAUUCUGUUGGUGCCAAGACCCUCAUUGGCCUGUGCAUGUUUGUUUAGCCUCGGACCUUGGCUUCGUCUCCUCCAAUUAGAUAAACACAUCACAUGCACCCAAGAAAGGGGUAGGGAGCCGACGAGUGAACUGCUUUCCUGGCCGCCUUCUUUUUAUAGUUCACUUUAUCGUACCUACAUAUCUUUCCCACAGCUGAAGCCCGCUUGCGAGUUCGACCCAUGUAGCUGGAACCACCAUGACGAUCAGCCGUAAGAGAUCCUUGCCUGAGGCUGAGGUUGAGGCCGAGGCGAAGCCGGGCUGUGACGAGCCUACGUCCUUCAUUGACUUUGACGAUACUCCGCCGUUCCCUGCUGAUGUCGUGCCGCUGCCCAACGACGCAGACGACCUCGAGACGCUCACCGGAAAGAUCGGCGCCCUGGUGCGCGUCGUUUCCCGCAAAUCCAGCUUGGCCGUCUGGACGGCCUUCGCGGCGACGCCCAACCCCCAAAGGGACCCUUUCGCCAUCGCCAAGGCGGAUGCAGACGUAAGGGAGCUGCAAAUGUUCACCUGGUUCGAGGGGAACGGCCGCCGGCUACACACGCCCGAGCCGUUCGACGUGACGAGGAACGUCAGGCCGCUGGAGAAGCAGAACAACAAGACGGCCGCGCGGUACGAGGACAUGGCCUCGUGCGUCGACGAGGUCUUUGGGACCCAGGGCGCCACCAAGGAGAACGUGUGCUGGAUCGUGGAGAACCUCGACGUCGCGCUGCCCCUCAUCAAGUUCUACCUGCGGGUGAAGCGGGCGCGAAGGAACCUCCUCGGGGGCCAGGCGACCCUGACGAGCAACGAGCUGGCCGAGUACCAGACGGUCCGCAGGAUCCGGGGCGUCCUGGGCGUGAGGCUGCAGAAGUGCCGGAUGGACAAGGGCCCCGCCAAGCAGCUCAGGGAGUACGACGUCGUGCUGUUGCGGCGGCAGAACCUCACUUCGCCUAUUCUGAAGGGGCAGCGCGAGGAACAUGGGAGGACGGAGGCUGGACGGGAAUGUGCCAAGCGACAACGUUGUGCGGUGUGAUGAUGAUGAUGGUGGUAAUGAUGAUGACGAUGAUGAACAUUG